AUGACUAGGAAGCUCGUGCUUCAUUACUUCAAUGGAAGAGGAAGAAUGGAGUCCAUCCGGUGGCUCCUGGCAGCAGCUGGCGUCGAGUUUGAGGAGGAACUUUUUGAAACCCGUGAAGAAUUUGAGAAGUUAAUCCAAGGUGGAACCCUGAUGUAUGAGCAAGUGCCCAUUGUGGAAAUCGAUGGAAUGAAUUUGGUGCAGACCAGAGCCAUCUUGAGAUAUGUAGCUGCCAAGUAUGGCUUGUACGGAAGGAACCCAGAAGAACAAGCCUGGAUUGAUAUGUAUGUAGAGGGCUUAAGGGACCUGAGCGACAUGAUCAUGUUCUUUCCACUCUCUCUACCGGAAGAGAAGGACAUGAACCUUGAAUACAUCCUCCAACGAGCCAAGACAAGAUUCUUCCCUGUUUAUGAGAAGGCCUUAAGAGACCACGGGCAAGCUUUUCUUGUGGGCAAUCGGCUGAGCUGGGCUGAUGUCCAGCUCCUUGAAGUCAUCUUAAUGGCUGAAGAAUGUGAAGCCAGUGUUCUUUCCGGCUUCCCUCUGUUACAGGACUUCAAGGUGAGAAUCAGUCAAAUCCCUACAAUUAAUAGAUUCCUCCAACCUGGAAGCCAGAGGAAGCCUCCGUUGGAUGAGCAAUCCAUUGGGACUGCAAAGGACAUAUUCAAAUUUGAACGAGGCAUGUUUCUUAAAAACAUGAGCACCAUAGUAGCUGAGUAUUAA